CGCAUCACAGCGAGGCAGAGCAAUACUAGCGAAUUUAUGGUGCUCAUCACUUAUGACACGCAACUCUAUUUCCCUGUGUCGAACUUCGGCGGGGUAUACUGCGCCAUCAACCAAAGCCUCAUCGACACCGAGAAGCUGCUCCUCCUCAAUGAGCCUACUGAAGUGAUCGAUGAGCCUGACGCCGAGGAAUCGGUAGUCUCAAAUAGAGAAGUUAAAUUUGGUACGUACCCCUCAGACAACGUAUCCUUCGCCUACGAUGACCAAACUUCCGCGCUGCACAACAUCUCCUUCAAAGUCUCCCGCAGAGGGCGUGUAGCCCUUGUAGGUAAAAACGGAGCAGGCAAAAGCACAAUCCUGCGCCUCUACCGGUUCUACACCUCCAACUAG